UUUUCAAGUUGGGUGGAAUUUGAAAAGAGCUAAAUCAGAUGAUUUGUAGCUAUGGUUAGCACUGGGUAAACAGGAUGCAGCAAUGGUUAGAAGCCUGCUUGUCUGACAUUGUUGGAAGGAACUUGCUUUCUUCUGCUGACAUCAUUUUUCCUGUGCCUAGAAACUGGAAUGACCGUCUGUUAUAGAUCAGCUGUUAGGUCCCACUGAAACAUAAAAAAAAUGAGUUCUGCUGGCCGAAAUGGAAAAGAAAUGCUCCUACUUGAUCAUAGGCAGUUGUUUGUUGAUGCCAUGGAUUUGAAUCGAUUAGAAAAUGUUUCUUACUGUCUCUUUCCCUCACAGUCAAGGAGUUCCCAUUCGAAUGUUGUGAAAAUGGCAUUUGAUGCUCAGUCUAGGGGUUCUUCUCAGUCACUGCUACAUCCUUAUGAGUUGUUUUUUAGGUUGCAUCCAAUCACAUGGUAGAUAUUGUGUGGCUUUGAUAAGCCCGUUCCCAUGACAUGCAUAAAAGGCUCCUGUCAGAUGUUUGUUAUUUUCAAGAGAUUUCAUCUGGCCUAUGUUCUGAAAGUUUAGCAUAAAGUUCAGUUACAGUUUACACAAAUAUGCUGGCAUUGGAGGAACUGGAAAACUCUCAGAUCGUGAAUGGCAAUUAAAGCUAUGCAACACUCCGGUAGUUACCCAGAAACUUCAUCUGCUGACCUGACCAGUUCUUGAUAUCAACUGAAGUUCCUGCAUUCAGUACGCAUGCAAAAAUUCCUGCUUGGUAUGUGCUGCAUCUGAGAUGGGAACUUCUGUAGUAGGUUGCUGUAAUUGCUUUAGGCUUUGUUCGAUGCACCCUGGAAAACUUUCUUGGGCAACUGGUGCCCAUGUUGAGGAAAAUUUGUUGUUUUUUUUGGGCGUCGUCUGCCAUUAUUCCCAUUUUGCAGGCCUUUCUCCCAUUAUUUUCGUUUUGCAAUUUCACUAUACUGUGAUUGUGAAUGUUCCUGUCAAAGGAAGACUUCCCUUUUAGCUGGUGCCAUGGUCCCGAGUGGUCAUCCAAGAUUUUUGAUUUUUCUGGCUGCUUGUGUGUAAGAGAAAGCAUAAACUAACAUUGCUGAAUGUUGCCAGCGAACUUGGUUUUGGGGAUGAUCACUUGUUGUUGCAGGAGUGAUUGUGGUCAACAGUAAUGCAAGGGUUUUAGCCUUUUCUGUUUGCAACCUGAAAGGGUUUCAGUAAUUUCAGAGCAUUUCUAUGAGAGUUCCAGCUCCGUCUAUGUAAGAUGGGUGCAAUUGCAUGUCACAUCACAGUAGAUGAGAAUAUGCAGAUGCCACAAUUUCAGUGCAGAAUCGAUCUUAGUUCUUGUCAUUGCAUGCUCCUACAUCCAGUGGAAGGUUGAUGUCCAUUUACCUCAGUUUAUUUCUAGCCAUUGACUUAGUUCAAAUUUCAAAAAAAUGUGAUCCCAAGUAGCAGAACCGUUGUUGCACCGUGUUGGUCCUGAUGUUUUUUGUUGCUCCUGGGGUGUUCUUUUUUUCAAAAAUGGUUUUUGAGGAGGCAGAAUUAAUCACUUCAAUAUCAGAAGCAGUGGAACUCAGUUUGCAUGCACAGUCCGAAUGCAGAUUUCUUGCAAUGUUUAGUUAUUAUCUUUUCUUUUGUCUAUGGGCUUUGAUCAUUAGAAGAAUCCAACUCAAUAUCUCAUUGCCCAAAUUGGCUGCUUAGCUGUUGGAAUCCAUGUGAACUUGCCCUUGGUGUUGAAGCUUAUGUCAGUGAUGUCGUUUGCUACCUUGGAAUGAUGAUCUGCACUUCAGAAGAUAUCGAUUCAGUCUUCAAGUUCGUCUGCUAGCUGAUUUAUCAAGCGGAGGAAAUUAUUUUUGUGAUCUGUCCAUUUUCCAUGAAGGAAAUUACAUUCUUUCAUGGAAACUUCCACCAUGAUUGCCUUUUCUAUCUGUUUUGGUUACCGUACAGAUUGAACUGUGUGGGAUAUGAAGAAAGCAAUAACAUGUUGAUUUAGCUUUCUUCUCUAAUGGGAGUUGAGGUGGCAGUAGCAGUUAGUCCAUGCAACUUAAAGUGUUUCUACCUGUAACUGUUAAUCUAAGUAGCUUUUAUUUUCAUACUGGAAAAUGGAAGGACCGAACUGGUGAGAGGCAGAUGACCGUGUCUACCUACAUCGCAGCACUAUGAUGUGAAGGAUGCUCACUCGACAUGAACCACAGCAAUAACUCGUUUCCUAGAUUCAACAAAGUACCGGAAGCAACCCACAACCAUAGUGAGUGGAAAUGUGGGUAGAUUUGAUUUGAGGAUCAGGUACAGAAUUAAUAUCUGAGUUCUGAAGUAGAACAUGAUUUGUUUCUUUGCUUGGUGCUGUGAGGGACUGAACUGGUAACUGGUAAGAGGCAGAUGACUGUGUCUACAUGCAUCGCACCUCUACUAUGUGAUGGAUGCUUGGUCAACAUGAACCAAUGGUUCAGUAAUAUCUUGUUUCCUAGAUUCACUAAAGUACUGGUGGCAACCCACGUCAUGGUGGAAAUGAUUGCUAGAUUUGAUUUGGAGAUGAGAUACAGUAGCAAUAUCUGAGUUCUGAAGUUACAAUGGGGAUAUGAGAUUUGUUUCUUUGCGUGGUGCUGUGUUUACAUCUGAAGUGACUUGGGGGGGUUUGGAAUUUGUUUGAGUGCCUGUGCUGUGGUAAUAUGGGAGGUUAUGUUGUGAUGGUACUGUGAUGAACUUGUGAUGCUGUCAGACUGAGGUCAGGGGUCAUCUUUUCCGUUAGAAGGAGAAUAGAUUUGGAACUUGCAUGGAUGCUCCUGUUUUGAGUAAGAACUCUUACCAAUUUCAAUGAACUAUCAUGCAUUUAGUUGGUGUAUCUGACAUCCCUAUUCAAUUCACAGAGAUUAUGCAGGAAAGGGACACAGGCCGCCCUCGUGGUUUUGGAUUUGUGACCUUUGCAGAUCAACGGGCAAUGGAAAAUGCCAUCAGUGAUAUGCACGGCAGGGAGCUGGGAGGUCGGAUGAUCUCGGUGAACAGGGCCCAGCCAAAGCAUGGCUCGGACGAUCACGGCUAUGGAUACAGUGGGGGUUUCUCAACAGGAGGGCGGGGGAGCUAUGGUAGCAGCGGAGGAGAUCGAGAUCGGUCAGGAGGGCGCACUGAGUGCUUCAAGUGUGGCCGCCCAGGACAUUGGGCCCGAGAAUGCCCUUCUUCUGGUGGCGGCGGCGGUGGCAGCGGGGGCAGAUUCCCAUCUCGCUCUAGGUUUGGUGGCGGCAGCCGUGGUGGGGACCGCUUUGGAGGGGAUCGCUUUGGAGGAGACCGCUAUGGCAGUGAUCGCUACACGGAUGAUCGGUAUGAUGGUGGUCGCUAUGGAGAUAGAGACCGAGUUGACAACCGCGACAGAGGGUACGGGGGCCGAGAUCGUUAUGCUGGUGAUAGGUACCCACCUGGUGGGGACCGCUUUCAGGGUGGUGGUGACCGGUAUGGACCAUCAGACCGGUACCCUCAGAAUGGAUAUGGUAAGGACAGGGGUUAUGACAGGGAAGGGGGCCCAAGAGGUGGUGGGGACAGGUAUGGUGGUAGUGGUGGGCCUGCACGUUAUGAUGGGGGUAGCUUCAGGGAGAGGCCAGGGCCCUAUGACCGCCCCAGCAGGGGAGGACGCCCGUCUUCGUACGAACGCUAUUGAGGAUGAUGGCUGGUUUUGUCAGGACUGUUGGAAAUGUUAAUGACCAUUUAGGCUAUCUUCUUUUGAGUUUCCAUUUCGAACACUAGAAUUAUGUUGUUAGUGGGGAUAGAUGGUUGCAAUUUUCACUUCUCAAACACUAGAAUUAUGUUGUUAGUGGGGAUAGAUGGUUGCAAUUUUCA